GUCCACUGCUAAACAAAUGUAUCGGAUCUUAGACAAAGUAUAUGAUAUUAUUAUUCGUAAGGGAAUAAAAACAAAAGUUGAUAUGUUAAAAGAAAACUUAGAGUUAAGAGACCUUUGUGGAUACUCAUCUCACGAUGAAUUUGUGGAAGAUGUAUGGGAAUUUAAACUCAAAAUGUUUGAUAUAAGCUGUCAAGAAGCAAAUCAUCAAAUGGAAAUGCACCCAAAGGCGAUCUAUACAAGUCCACUAGUAUCUGAUCUUACAAAGAACAUUCCAUGGGAAUGGGAAGCAAAUGACUAA